AUGUUAGGAACGCAUUAUUUUUUUUCCAUCAAGAAGGGGCGUCUCGCCCUUAUUGAUGCAUUACUGAAGGAAAAGCUUGAUUUGGAGAGCGGACUCCCAAAUGGGACAAGUUUUAACAUCGACGGGUCUGCUCACCUGGCUCUCCAUACAGCUGCACACUAUGAGCACCCGGAUAUUUGCCAGUUUCUCCUCGACCGGGGAGCCCUCGUGGACGAAUAUGACCGCUAUGGGAAGACUGCGCUCCACUACGCAGUCCUGUGCAGGACCCUCGAAACAAUUGAUGUCCUUCUUGACUGGGGUGCAACAAUCGACACACCGGACAAAUUGGGCCAGACGGCAUUACAUGGUGCGGCACGUAUGACAUCCCGUGGCAGCGGGAUCAAACUGCUCCUCAGACGUGGAGCAAACAUCAAUGCCACAGAUAUGAAAUUCCGGACUCCACUACAUCUAGCCGGGAUAGAGGGCAAGGAUGAUAUACUCAAGCUGCUGCUAGAUCAUGGUGCCGAUCCAGAAGCAAGGGAUGAUGAGGGAUUAGGCCUCUGCAUGGUGCGGUCUUGGUCCUUAGGUCGAGGACCGCGGACCGGACCGCACGGUCUUGCGGUCUCGAAUUCGGGGGUUGAGACCGCACCAUAG